AUGAGCAAUAGGAAGUUCCCUACAUAUCUCUUCUCUUCUGCCACAUCACUGUAUGGAUCAAAUGUAAUUCAAAUUACUAUUGGAAAAGAAAAACCACAUAAGGAUCCUGUUGAAGAUGAUCAUGUUGACAGUGAUUCUGAUUUAUUGUUACAUAGUGAUAUGAGUUGGGGCUCAUUAGAAGACAGAGAUGUGCCAUAUGAAAUUUUGUAUGACAAGUCUAGUUCAUCGUCUUCUUCAAUUUCAUCUAGCUCAAGUUCUAGCUCAUCGAUUGUACUAGACCAUAUGCCAGUUCCAACAAAUAUUGAUGCAAUAUAUUGUGCCACUGAAAGCAGUUGGGGUAGUUAUGCUUUAGAUGCAAAUGCAUGGGAUGAUGAUAAAGCACCCAUUGUGCAAUUAAGAAACCUUAAAGAAGUGAUGUUGAAUGAUUUAGAGUUUUGCGGUUUUCUAACAGAUAGAUUAAUUGGAAUUGGGUCGUCAUUCUUGGCUAAAUCCCCAGAAAAUGGCCUCUAUGUUUUAAACAAAUAUGUCAUGAGGAAUAUGGCUAUAUCAAACAUUGCAACUUUACAUUUCCAUCGUUAUUUACGAUAUAUUGAUCUUGCAUAUAAUUAUAUAUCGAAUUUGUCUCCUUUGGGAAAAGUUCCAUACUUAAUAAAAGUAUUGUUCCAAUGUGAUAUUUUUAGAUAUUUGAAAUACUUAAAUUUGUCAUACAAUUUAAUCGAAUGUAUUGAGAAUUUGGAUAAACUGAAUAUUCAACAUCUCAACCUGGAAGGCAAUUGUAUAACAUCGUUUAGAUCUGCUAUACCCGAAUACAAUAUCAACACUUUGCCACAUUUGCGAGAAAUAUAUUUAGGAUAUAAUAGAAUCUCCAAUCUGGAAUUUUUUAAGGAUGGGUACAGUUUACGGAUAAUAGAUUUGAAAUUUAAUAGAAUCUCAGAUUUAUUAGAAUUAAUAAACUUUAAGGGUUUCAUUGAUGAAAUAGAUCUUAGAGGUAAUGGUUGCACAAAAUGGCCUAAUUAUAAAGCUGUUCUCAUGUUCUCCAUACCAAGUAUACAAAAAAUUGAUGGUGUUCCUGUACUUACUUCAGAAAAAAUUGUUGCAGCCACUUUGUUUGCAUCACCAGUAGAUUUAACAGCAGCCCGUACUGUAACAAAAUUAACUUUAUUAGAACAAUUAAAUACACCUACAAUUGAUUUGCAUGUAUUACCAUACGAUGUAGCAAGCCCUCCUUUAUUAGUACUUACGGGUCCAUCAGCAGUGAAAAAAGUAUCUUUAGCUCUCCAUGUUGUUCACACAUUUUCAAAGAAGAUAAAGUACUGCUCAUGGUAUACCACAAAAGAAUUAGGAGAUAGUAACCUAGAAAGGCAGUCAUUCAUUUUUGCAAAUAGAGAAGAAUUUAAUGACAUGUCUCGUCGUGGAGAAUUUCUGGCGAUUCAAGAAAUGUUAGGGAAUAGUUAUGGGUUUCGUUAGUUGAAAAUAUAUUAAAUUAUAUAUUAAAUUCUUCAUCAAGUACAGACCAAUCGUAAUUGACCUAUACAUUUAAGCAGAUCAUAAUCAAAUUGCUUCAUUAAUAUCUGAAAAGAAAAUUGGCAUUACACAAAUGGACUUGCAUGCAACUAUACAAAUGUGUAAACGGUAUUCGAAUACUAAGCCAAUUCUCGUAUUGACAAAAAGUGAAAAAAUUCAUCGCAAUUGGAUUCUGGAAAAGUUUGAUGUUUAUACAUGCGCUAAGGAAAGUAUGGAGGGUUCGCCAAAAGAAAGCAGAAGUAUGAACGAAUAUAGUACAGAAUCUGAAGGUACUAUGGUACACGUUCAUGACGAUGAUUCAGGCCAUGUAUGAAUAAUAAUAAUAUUAUCCCAUGUCAUUACAGUGACAUUAUUACAAGUACUGUUGUAAAAAUUAUCAUUGUUAGGAAGUAGAUAACUUUGAACAAGAAGCAGAAAGUAAAAAUGAAACUUCUAUACGCGACAGCAAUUCAUCGCUUCCUAGAGUCUUUUCGACGAAAAGUGAGGUAGAAAUUGAAGAAAAAAAGUAUAUCAAAUUUCAAGGAGAACAAGAGAAUGCAACCCUGAAGUUCAUUGAUACAUCGAAUUCCAAAAUAAAUAAAGAAAGCGAUCUAAGGGUAUAAGAUAUUAAUAAUUGAUGAUUAACGAAUUCAGUAAUAAGUAUGCUCGAUUAGGUCAUUUUGGAUAAAGGACUGACCAUAGAAGAAGACGAAGUUUUAAAGCGAAAACGGCAUCAGGCAAAAAUGAUGCAACGUAGGAGCACGUUAAUCCAUCGAGAAUUACAUACUCCAGAUAAUUUAAGCGAAUCAGCGUCAAGUGAAGAAACCUUAUUUGAUCAAGUUUGUACAAAAAAAAUUUCUUUCGACCUUAAUAACACUGCACAAUAUAAUGCAGUUUUGUCAUUUAUUUCAAGUUCCUGAUGGAAACAAAAAAUCCGGAAUACUUGAAAGAAAUGUAUACUGAUCUUGUAAUAAAAACAAGAACAAUUUACUUAAA